GUUGUCCAAGUCUUAAACCCUCCGCAUCUCUCUCUCUCUGCAGCAAGGCACGGCGACUCUGGGGGUGGACGCCGGCGGAGCAAAGCGGCGACCAGGGGAGCAGCUGCAAGACGACGUCCACGAUCUCCAACCUCUGUAUGAAUUACUUGAAAGAUGCCUCUGCAAAGGAUCGAAAGUGGACACAAAGACACGGUCCAUGAUCUGGCGAUGGAUUACUAUGGUAAGAGACUGGCCACGGCGUCGUCGGACCACACUAUUAACAUUGUUGGAGUCAGCAACUCGGGAUCUCAGCAUCUUGCCACCCUGACCGGCCAUCGAGGACCCGUUUGGCAGAUAUCUUGGGCUCAUCCGAAGUUCGGGUCUUUGCUUGCUUCGUGCUCGUAUGAUGGACGGGUCAUCGUAUGGAGAGAAGGUAAUCCGAAUGAGUGGACCCAGGUGCACGUAUUUGAAGAGCACAUAUCAUCGGUCAAUUCCGUCGCUUGGGCUCCUCAUGAGCUUGGCCUUUGUCUGGCUUGUGGUUCGUCCGAUGGGAAUAUUUCGGUGUUCACUGCUAGACAGGAUGGCGGUUGGGAUACUUCAAGGAUUGACCAGGCUCAUCCGGUCGGGGUCACCUCCGUGUCGUGGGCUCCAUCGACUGCCCCUGGUGCACUUGUUGGAUCUGGCAUGAUGGAACCUGUUCAGAAGCUGUGCUCGGGUGGUUGUGAUAACACCGUGAAGGUGUGGAAGCUCUACAAUGGGGUCUGGAAGUUGGACUGUUUUCCGGCGCUUCAGAUGCACACUGACUGGGUGAGGGACGUUGCCUGGGCACCCAACUUGGGCCUUCCGAAAUCAACUAUUGCGAGUGCGUCGCAGGACGGGAGGGUCAUCAUAUGGACCGUGGCCAAGGAAGGGGAUCAAUGGCAGGGCAAGGUUUUGUACGAUUUUAGGACCCCGGUUUGGAGGGUCUCGUGGUCCCUGACCGGUAACAUUUUGGCGGUGGCAGAUGGGAAUAACAAUGUCACUCUGUGGAACGAAGCUGUCGAUGGCGAGUGGAUCCAGGUUUCAAUGGUCGAGCCGUAGGAUUCAGUUUGUGGGUAUCCUGUUGAACUACUUUAGCUGUGCAAUGUGCAUAAAGAGCAAUUUGCCGACACCGUCUAACCCGCAAAUCUGCUUGGGUUUACUUCAUAGAUGAAUUUUAUGUUCUUUUGGGCCAAAUUGAGAUGCUUUAAACUGUUUUUGCCAUGCGGCUGAAUGUCAUUGUGAAUGAAGUUUGAAUGAUAAA